AUGGCCGAGGGCGAGGACCUACAGACCUUCACCUCCAUCAUGGACGCGCUCGUCCGCAUCAGCACCAGCAUGAAGAACAUGGAACGGGAGCUGGUGUGCCCGGUGUGCAAGGAGAUGUACAAGCAACCGCUGGCACUGCCCUGUACCCACAACGUGUGCCACGUGUGUGCCAGCGAGGUGCUGCUGCAGCACGGCCACCUGUACUGUGACCCCACCUCCGAGCCCACCUCGCCUGCAGCCACCCCGUCCACCCGCAGCCCCCGCCUGGGCCGCAGGGCUGUCCCCAAACCCGAUCGGCUCGACCGCCUCCUUAAGUCAGGCUUUGGCACCUACCCGGGGCGCAAGCGGGGUGCUGUGCACCCCCAGACGAUCAGCUUCCCAUGCCCCGCCUGCCAGCGGGAUGUGGACCUGGGUGAGCGGGGUCUGGGCAGCCUCUUCCGCAACCUGACCCUGGAGCGGGUGGUGGAGCGGUACCGGCAGACCAUCAACAUCAGCGCGGCCAUCAUGUGCCAGUUCUGCAAGCCCCCACAGCUGGAGGCCACCAAGGGCUGCACAGAGUGCAAGUCCAGCUUCUGCAAUGAGUGCUUCAAGCUGUACCACCCCUGGGGCACCCAGAAAGCCCAGCAUGAGCCCACACCCCCUACCCUCACCUUCCGUCCCAAGGGGCUGAUGUGCCCAGAGCACAAAGAGGAGGUGACUCACUACUGCAAGACCUGCCAGCGGCUGGUGUGCCAGCUCUGCCGCGUGCGCCGCACCCACACCAGCCACAAGAUCACCCCAGUGCUCAGCGCCUACCAGGCCCUCAGGGAGAAGCUGACGAAGAGCCUCGCCUACAUCCUGAGCAGCCAGGACACGGUGCAGACCCAGAUUGCUGAACUGGAGGAGACAGUGAAGCACACAGAGGUGAAUGGCUCACAGGCCAAGGAAGAGGUGUCACAGCUGAUCCAGGGGCUCUGCGCCAUGCUGGAGGAGAAGCGGGCCACACUGCUGCAGGCCAUCGAGGAGUGCCAGCAGGAGCGGCUGGCCAGCCUGCACGGCCAGAUCCGGGAGCAUCAGGCCAUGCUGGAGAACUCGGGCAUGGUGGGCUAUGCCCAGGAGGUGCUGAAGGAGACUGACCACCCCUGCUUUGUCCAGGCUGCCAAGCAGCUGCACAACAGGAUCCUCAGGGCCACCGAUUCGCUGCAGAGCUUCCGUCCUGCAGCCAACUCCUCCUUCAGCCACUUCCAGCUGGAUGUCAGCAGGGAGCUGAAGCUGCUCACUGACCUGGCCUUCAUCCGAGCGCCCGAGGCCCCCGUCAUCGACACGCAGCGCACCUACACCUACGACCAGAUCUUCCUGUGCUGGCGGCUGCCGCAGCACUCGCCACCCGCCUGGCACUACACAGUGGAGUUCCGCAAGACCGACGCCAAGGCCAAGGGGCUGAAGCUGUGGCAGCGGCGGGAGGAGGUGCGGGGCACCUGCGCCCUCGUCGAGUACCUGGACACCGACAGCGUCUACGUGCUGCGGGUGAAGGGCUACAAUAAGGCAGGCUUCGGGGACUACAGUGAGGACGUCUACCUGCACACACCGCCUGCCCCAGUCCUCAACUUCUUCCUGGACAACCGCUGGGGCUUCAACCGGGACCGGCUGGCCAUCAGCAAGGACCAGCGCGCCGUGCGCAGCGUCCCCGGCAUCCCCAUGCUGUUCGCCGCCGAGCGCCUGAUGACCAGCUGCCACCUGUCCAUCGACCUGGUCAUCGGUGAUGUGGCCAUCACCCAGGGCAAGAGCUACUGGGCCUGCUGCGUGGACCCCAGCUCGUACCUGGUGAAGGUGGGCGUGGGGCUGGAGAGCAAACUGCAGGAGUGGUUCCAGGUGCCACAGGAUGUGGUGAGCCCCAGGUAUGACCCCGACAGUGGCCACGACAGUGGGGCAGAGGACACAACGGUGGAGGCACCUCCUCCCUAUGCCUUCCUCACCAUCGGCAUGGGCAAGAUCCUGCUGUCACACGGCUCAGCCCUCACAUCCCGCGACCCCAACGGCUGCACCGUGCCCUUGCCCCCACGCAUCGGCAUCUGCCUGGACUAUGAGCAGGGCAAGGUGAGCUUCUAUGAUGCUGUCUCCUUCCGUGAGCUCUGGGAGUGUGGCGUGGACUGCUCGGGGCCCGUUUGCCCUGCCUUCUGCUUCAUCGGAGGGGGGGCCCUGCACCUCCAGGAGCUGGUGGCCAACAAGCAGGAGCGGAAAGUGACCAUCGGGAACUUUGCCAAGCUGGACUGA